CAUGGCCGAUCUCUUGCUGCGCGAACAAGAACGGAUCAGCGCGCUGAAGCAGGACGUCGAUGCCUGCCGUCCUCGACUUCAGCUGCUGCAUCGUGCAAAAGAAGACGCCCUAGACCAACAGGUGACGCGAUUACAAGUCAUCCGCAAGGUCCUCCAAACUAGACGACAGGAAUAUCUGCAAGCGAGAAAGCGCCUCGACGAAGAACGAAGGAAAACACAGCAAUUCAUUCUGCAUAAUCCCAACCGCUCGUUAGCAGACGAGGUUGCAGACUUGAGACGCGAGUACAAGGAGAAGUUGCAGGAAAAGCACAACUUUUUGAACACGUGCAAAGAAAUCGUGGCACUCCGACGACGGCGAGACGAGGACUACGACAUCUUGUUGUCGGACUGCAACGAAUACGGAUUUUUUCUCCACCAACACGGCUAUACUCUGCGAAAAAACCUCGCUUUGAAACUUUUAUUGCAGACUGUAGUUCCUGUUCCUUCUAGUGUAGUUGCACUUGCAGGAGCUUCUUCUUCUGAAAUAGAAGCGAAACUUCUACGUGAACAAGGUGAUGGGAACUCGGACAAGAAAAGAGAGCAAGGAGCUGUAGAGUAUCUUCAUGGGGACAAGAAGAUAACACAAUACAACCGCACCUUGGACGACAAGGACGAGACCUACAGGAACAGCAUCGAUAAUGAUUAAGGGUAGGUUCAAGGCGUUCACGUUACCGUUUGUUUUGCCGCUCUUAAGGGAGAGAGGCACAACAAACGCGGUCUAAGCGAACAUCUUGAAAAACCAACCUCUAAAAUGACAAAGUACUACAGAAACAAGAGAACAACACCACAUCAGCUUGUAGUUCUACUAGUACACGACCUACUACCACAUCUUCAGACAGUUGUAACAGAGUUGUGAGAAAACAAUCGGAGGCCACUGUGCUGCACAAGCACGCGGAGAACACGAAGGAGACAGUGCAGAAAAUGCUUGCGAGACUCCAGCAGCUAGAGGAGGCAAGAGAUCGUGCCAUAUCGCAGGUAGAUCAGCUCGCUUCCAAAAAUCUGCUAGUGCAUCCGCAAGAACGCGAAGCUCUUUUUCUUCGCAUGAUAGAAAAGUGAAGCUGAACAAGGCUUCAUGAUGUAUACCUAUACUUGGUUGAUGUUGCACAUCUACUUGUACUUGUUGAUGGAAAAUCAAAAUUGAUUUCUACUGAAUCUCUCUAGAACCGACGUCUUGGAUUUUUCUGUCGUGAUGUUUCUUUGUCUCAUAUUUUGUAACUCCUGCAAGAAGAAGUCAAACACCUGAUUCCUAGUGCUAUCAAUUUUUGACGAUUUGAUUGAUGCAAUAAACACAACUACUUACUUACAAUAUUUGCAUGAUCUGAAUACUUAUCUUCACCUUAUAAAUAUUUGAAAUUUCCUAGACUGCUGUAUAAGUAUAGGGAGCAUGGAAAAAACUGAUUCGUUUGCAACAGUAUUCCGGAAAAAAGCCCAGAAGCUUAAGAAAUGACCGAGAACAACAUCACCUAAGUAUUAAUAGGAUGACCUUGGUAUCAAGUUCCAUUGCAAGUAAGUAAAAAUAUGAGGAAAAUGAAGAUUUAUUUUACUCAUACUCGUCAAGAAAAUUACGCCAGUCGCCGUGUAAAGCCAAUAAAGUUUGACUACCAACAGAUACAGAAGUUCUGCAGUGAUGAACAGUCUUGGUGAAGUUGCAUGUUUUAGUCUUCCUUAGCUAAUUCUUGUAAAAGUGAAACGAACAGCAUUUGGAUUUGCGAGGAUGGUUUCAUCGAACAAAAAGUGAAACUAACAUCAACAAUGGAGGCAAAGACAUGGUGCACAUCAAGAUUCAUUCUCCAGGAUUAAGAAGCUGCUUACUCUUCUCGAUUAUCGAU